AUGCCUCUGCUCCUCGAACGUCAGAGCACGGGUCAAUCCCGCAUCGACCCGACCAAGGACCAGCGCACCACCAUCAUCGUCGCCUGUGUCUACGCCGUCGCCAUCGUCAUCCUGUGGAACAUCCCGAUUCUCAACUACCUUCUCUAUCCGUUCAAGCUUCUGACGGUUGGAUUCCACGAAUUUUCGCAUGCGGCAGUGGGGCUGUGUACGGGGGCCAAGAUCGAAUCCAUCACGCUCGAACCCAACGAAGGCGGAGCGACACGGAUGCGCGGCGGCAUCCCGUGGCUCACCCUCCCCGCUGGCUACCUUGGAUCUUCGGUCAUCGGUGCGGCACUGAUCGCCUGCGGGUUCGACGAACGCGCCUCCAAGGUCGCCAGCAUCGUCGUCGGCGUCUUCUUCCUCUUCACCCUCUGGUGGGCUCGACGCGAUUGGUUGACCUGGGUGCUCAUCCUCGCCAUGUGCGGAUUGUUCGUCCUCUUCUGGCUCGUAGCCGGCUCGAUUGCGUUGCGCUACUUUGUCCUCUUCAUCGGAGUGAUGAACUGCCUCUACUCGGUAUGGGACAUUUGCGACGAUUUGAUUUUUAGAAAGGUCAACGAGAGCGACGCCAGUGCCUUUAGCAAGGUCGUCGGUGGCGCACCGCAGUUCUGGGGAGUCGUGUGGUUGUUGAUCUCGAUAGCUUUCUUUGGUGCGGGCAUCGUGGUGGGCAUCCUGGCGUUCAAGACACCGGUGGCGCAACAGCAGGCGAGCAACUUCUUGGAUGUCAAUCUCAAGAGGACGCUGCUUUUGGCCAAUUGA